GUGCGUGCGUGCGUGUGUGUGUGUGUGUGUGUGUGUGUGUGUGUGAGGGAGAGAGAGAGAGAGUGAGUGAGUGAGUGAAUUCCAGAUUUUCUGUCUUUCCCAAACCCGCUCCUGUCCUCUCGCAUAUCACUCACAGACUGGGAUCUGACAGCAGCGACAAACCUACAGUGAGUGAUCUCUCCCCAGCGCGAAUCCGCCAUCAAGAUCAGGGACAAGGAGGAGGAGGAAGAAGAGGAAGAGGAGGAGGAAGAGGAGGAGGAGAAGGAGGUGGAGAAGGAGGAGGUGGAGGAAGAGGAGGAAGAGGAGGAGGAGGGAAAGAGAAGGAAGAAGAAAAAGAAGAGACCCACUGUCUUCCCGGGAUUGUUUUCCCCCCUUAUCUUUACGCGCGAGUGUGCGCGUGGCGCGUGUGCGCCCCUCGUCCCUGCCAUCUGAACCCCGUCUUGGAUGUUUAAUAAAGAAAUCAAGUGUCUCACCAGUCACCAAAAAAAACAGCAAAAAGCAAAACCAAAAAAAGAAAAAAAAAAUCCAAAAGCAAAAACAAAAAGAGAGAGAGAGGGGGAAAAAAAAUCAAACAAACAAACAAGGCAGAACCAACCUCCACUUGCAAGCAGCAGGCGCAAACCGCUUAUCUGCCACCCAGAGAGGGGGUCUCCGGCCCCGCGCUGGAGCGCUGGCAGGGGGAUCGUCAGGGGGACAGAGGCCGAGUGACGUCCUAGGAGCCACAGAAAGACGAGCGAGACUGCGGCCCCCGCGCGCGGCUCGGGGCUGGGGCGCCAGAAGUGAGACUGGAGCUAAGUAGAGCGAUGCCAAGGAGGAAACAGCAGGCACCCAAGCGGGCUGCAGGCUAUGCCCAGGAGGAAGUUCUGAAGGAAGAGGAGGAAAUAAAGGAGGAAGAGGAGGAGGAGGAAGACAGUGGUUCAGUGGCUCAACAUCAGGGCAGUAAUGACACGGGGACAGAUGAGGAACUAGAAACAGUCCCAGAGCAGAAGGGCUACUUCAGCUGCCAGAACUCGCCAGGGAGUCACCUGUCCAACCAGGACGCGGAAAAUGAAUCUCUUCUGAGCGAUGCCAGCGACCAGGUGUCAGACAUCAAGAGCAUCUGUGGCCGAGAUGCCUCGGACAAGAAAGCAAACGCUCACCCCAAGCUUCCGAGCGAACCCCAUAACUGUAUGGAUAAAAUGACAGCCGUCUAUGCCAACAUCCUGUCAGAUUCCUACUGGUCAGGCCUGGGCCUCGGCUUCAAAUUAUCCAACAGCGAGAGACGGAAUUGUGACACCCGCAAUGGCAGCAGCAAGAAUGACUUUGAUUGGCACCAAGAUGCCCUGUCCAAAAGCCUCCAGCAGAACUUGCCUUCCCGGUCUGUCUCUAAGCCCAGCCUAUUCAGCUCCGUGCAGCUGUACCGGCAGAGCAGUAAGAUGUGCGGCUCGGUGUUCACCGGGGCCAGCAGGUUCCGCUGCAGGCAGUGCAGCGCGGCCUACGACACUCUGGUGGAGCUCACCGUGCACAUGAAUGAGACGGGCCACUAUCAAGAUGACAACCGCAAAAAAGACAAGCUCCGACCCACGAGCUACUCCAAGCCCCGGAAAAGGGCCUUCCAGGACGUGGACAAAGAGGACGCGCAGAAGGUUCUGAAAUGCAUGUUUUGCGGCGACUCCUUUGAUUCCCUGCAAGACCUGAGCGUCCACAUGAUAAAGACAAAACAUUACCAAAAAGUGCCUUUGAAGGAACCGGUACCAACCAUUUCCUCUAAAAUGGUGACACCAGCCAAGAAGCGUGUUUUCGACAUCAACAGGCCUUGCUCCCCGGACUCCACCACGGGGACACAGGCAGAAUCGUUUUCUUCCCAGAAAAACCCCAACCUUCAGCUGCCCUCCAACAGCCGCUACGGCUACCAAAACGGAGCCAGCUACACCUGGCAGUUCGAGGCCUGCAAGUCGCAGAUCUUAAAGUGUAUGGAGUGUGGCAGCUCCCAUGACACCUUGCAGCAGCUCACCACACACAUGAUGGUCACGGGUCACUUUCUCAAAGUCACUAGCUCUGCCUCCAAGAAAGGCAAGCAGCUGGUGUUGGACCCGCUGGCCGUGGAGAAAAUGCAGUCGCUGUCCGAGACCCCAAACAGCGAGUCUCUGGGCGCUAAGCCGUCAAGUAACUCUGCCUCUGACUGCGCGGCCUCUAGCACCGAGUUAAAGAAAGAGAGCAAGAAGGAGAAGGCGGAGGAGAUCAACGAAGACGAGCAAGGGGCGAAAGGCGAGGAAUACGAAGACCCUCUACAGAAACCUCUCGACCCCACCUUAAAAUACCAGUAUCUGAGAGAGGAGGAUUUGGAAGAUGGCUCAAAGGGUGGAGGGGACAUCUUAAAGUCACUGGAAAAUACUGUAACCACGGCCAUCAACAAGGCCCAAAACGGUGCUCCCAGCUGGAGCGCAUACCCGAGUAUCCAUGCAGCCUACCAGCUGUCAGAGGGUGCCAAGCCACCCAUGGCAAUGGGCUCUCAGAUACUGCAAAUCAGACCCAACCUUGCCAGCAAGCUAAGGCCAAUAGCACCCAAGUGGAAAGUCAUGCCGCUUGGCCCUGUGCCCACAAACCUGGCCCUGUACACUCAAGUUAAGAAGGAGACAGAAGACAAAGACGAAGUCGUAAAGGAGUGUGGGAAGGAGAGUCCCCGUGAAGAGGCAACAUCUCUCAGUCAGUCUGAGGGGGAGUCCUUCUCCAAAAUUGAAACACCCUCAGAAUCCAGAAAGGCUGAGCCCUGUCCCUUGAAGGAGGGAGAGAAGCCACUGAAAGAGAAACCAGAGCCAUUAGAACCUGUAUCUUCUCUGAGCAACGGGUGCGCACCGGCUAACCACACCCCGGCCCUGCCUUGCGUCAACCCGCUCAGCGCGCUGCAGUCUGUCCUCAACAACCACCUGGGUAAAGCUACUGAGCCUUUGCGCUCACCUUCCUGCUCCAGCCCCAGCUCAAGCACAAUCUCUAUGUUCCACAAGUCUAGUCUCAGUGGAGUGGACAAACCGGUCCUAAGUCCCUCCUCCUCCAGGCCGGCCAGCGUAUCCCGACACUACCUGUUUGAGAACAGUGACCAACCCAUUGACCUGACCAAAUCCAAAAGCAAGAGGGCCGAGUCCUCGCAAGCACAAUCCUGCACGUCCCCACCUCAGAAGCAUGCUCUCUGUGACAUUGCCGAUAUGGUCAAGGUCCUCCCCAAAGCCACCACCCCCAAGCCAGCUGCCCCCUCGAGGGUCCCGCCCAUGAAGCUGGAAAUGGAUGUCAGGCGCUUCGAGGAUGUUUCCGGCGAAGUCUCGACUUUGCACAAGAGGAAGGGCAGGCAGUCCAACUGGAACCCCCAGCACCUCCUCAUCCUGCAGGCGCAGUUCGCCUCGAGCCUCUUCCAGACAUCGGAGGGCAAAUAUCUGCUCUCUGACCUGGGCCCACAGGAGCGGAUGCAAAUCUCAAAGUUCACGGGACUCUCGAUGACCACCAUCAGCCACUGGCUGGCCAAUGUCAAGUACCAGCUUAGGAAAACAGGGGGAACAAAAUUCCUGAAAAACAUGGACAAAGGGCACCCCAUCUUUUACUGCAGUGACUGUGCCUCCCAGUUCAGAACCCCCUCCACUUACAUCAGCCACUUAGAGUCUCACCUGGGCUUCCAAAUGAAGGACAUGACGCGGAUGGCGGCUGACCAGCCAAGCAAGGCGGAGCAGGAGAUCUCCCGGGUGUCGUCGGCUCAGAGGUCUCCAGAAACAAUAGCCGGUGAAGAGGACACAGACUCUAAAUUCAAGUGUAAGUUGUGCAGUCGGACAUUUGUGAGCAAACACGCAGUAAAACUCCACCUAAGCAAAACGCACAGCAAGUCACCCGAGCAUCACUCUCAGUUUGUGACAGACGUGGAUGAAGAAUAGUUCCGCAGGACAAAUGCCUUAGCCUGGAUCUUCCUGCCUGGAUCUCCCUCACUCAGCCCUUCUCCGUUCGUUGCACCCUUGCUUCUGACAUUGGACCACUGACCUCUUCCUGACACCCAGCUCCAAGAAGACUGCAGAAAAAGAAAAAGAAAAAAAAAAUCCCACCAACCAUUUCUCUUCAUCCUCACUAACAAUUUGGUAAUGAAGUAUUGAUUCCCACUUCUCUCCUUAUGGACGAUAUUAGAUUUUCAUUGAUAAACUGCAAUGGGACUGUCGCAUCUCCGAGGCCCUCUUCACCGUCAGGAAGAAACAAAGUGCCACCGAGGAAAAAUAAUGACUGGGAGCAUUGACGCACUUAUUUUGUCAGUUUGUAACAGGAAAGGGAGGGGGCACAUCACUCUUCAUGGUUUAAUGUCCAAAUGGGCUGCUCUUGGGAGUUUGCUUUUCAUGGUAACGUCCAUUUCCUAUUUAUAACCCCCCUGGGAACGUUUGUCUAAAGGAAAUGUUUCUGUUCAGUGUAACAAUUAAGGUUGCACCUGGAUUCCCUAGUCCUGCCCCUGCACCGGGGAGCCAUUAAUCACUGCAGAGUAGAAGAGUUAUUAAGUUAAACCGGAGUUUGAGCCAAGAAAACCUCCCAACCAUGUUCAUCUUCUGUGAAAGUUGUUGGAAUAGACAGGCUUAACCGUGUUGCUGCCAAAGGCUUUUUCCUGUGGAGUGCGUCCUCCAUGGUUAUCUUGAGUGGUUUUGUAAGCUUAGCUCCCAGCAUGCACCACUGUAGGAUGAGCCCUGCAAACUGGGAGCCCUGCAGACUAGAACCCCAGAGAAAGCAAGAUGGCAAGGCAUCACCGAGAGUGCCAGGUGAAGUGGACACCUUCACUGGCAAUCCCUCCUUCCCGGACCUGUUGCCUCUCAAGUGCAGCUUCUCCUUUGAACCAGCAGAAUGCAUGAAAACAGGGUGUCCGUUUUAAACGUGUUCCUGCAACUUUUUUCAUUAAAACUUUAAGGGCCCAAUUUUAAUUUGUGGAAUAUUCCCGUUAAUAAUGAGAUCUAAUUAAGACAUCCAUUAAAAGCCCGUUAAAGUUAAUUUAACGUAAAAAUUCCAAUAGAACUGUAUUAGAUUUUCUCCAUUAAAUUAACGUUAUGGAUUUUUAACGGAUGUCUUAAUUACACGUUAUUAUUAACGGGAAUACUGUAUUACACAGAUUAAAAUCAGGUCCUAAGUCAACUUGGAAAAGCUAAGAGCAUGUUUUAAUAUUAAAGUCUCACAGACCUAGUACACAGCUUGGAAGCGCAGGGGAAGAUGCGGUUAUUCUAGCUGAGCAUUUUCUGUACAAUGGAGAGUAAUCUAUAAUAGAUAAAUCCAUCAUUUCGUUUAAACAAUGGUCUCUUUAUUCUCAUAGGACAGCCAAGUCUGGAUUGUAUUGUAAACUGCUACUCAGCUAUAGGUGAAAUAUUUAAACUAUUCUCAGCACAAUAUUCUGAAACAAAUGACUAUUUUGUGUUGUUGUUUUAAUUACCAAGGUUAUCCAAAAGAAAAAGGGGGGGGAGACUGACAAAAUGAAGCCAAAUACAUCCUUUUCACCAUUUAUUAUAAAGGCUGCCUGUUGGAAAUGUCUUGGAAAUUUUGACAUGAUCCCUAAAUUCGACACUGGGAUUUAAAAUAAAAUUUGAAGAAAAAAAAAGAAAAAAAAAACUUAUUUACCUCCUAAGGAAAGUGUUGCCCUUAUGCCACAUAUAAUAGCAAAUUGCUUUUUUUAUGGCAUGCAUAACCUAGAUGGGGAAAAAUAUGGUGCUUCAGGGAAGGAGGGGAAAAGUAAAUGAAGUUCCAGGAAUGUCAUUCUGAAGUAAUGAGGCAUGGACGGAAAAUAUACCCCGCACAUCAUCGGAUUGAGAUGGCAGGCGAAAUAGCUUCAUUGAAGUGUCAGCACUCAUCCAUCAAUCAAUCACCCACAAGGAAAAAUAACAACAGUACAACGGAGCGGCUUUUAUGGGAUUUACUCAUGGGCACAGGGAACAGCGGCUCGGAUGUAGUUCUGACAUGAAAAGCAAGGUGCUGAUAUUAUUUUUUAUGAUGGGAGGAUCAUAAAGUGAAUUGAGAACAGAGAGAGGUCUGUCUGCUUAACCUGUUCAACCAGAAAUGAACGGAACUCAGCUGGAAAGGACCGUCUUCGGAUGGGUUAAGAUGGAAGGGUGGGCUCGGCUGAGCUCUGUCCUUCAACGGGAGAUUCUAUUAAGGGGGAGGGGGGAUAAUACAUGAGCACGGGGUUCCGUGAAGCUGAUAAAAAUUGCCUGCUCCAACCCAGGGUUAUUAGGCAAAGCUACAUAACUCAGAUCCUCUGGAACCAACCAAAAGCAAACGCGGAGCUGGUGACACACCUGGGAGGACACACUACAGCUCCGAACUCCUAGGUCACCGGUUCACUCCGGUUCACUCCGGUUCACUCCUAAGAAGAAAAUAAGAAUAAAUUGCUGUUUCGAGUAUAAUCUAUAUGGUUCUGUUAGUGCAAUUUCUCUGGUGGGGUGAGGUGGGAGGCGAGAGACAAAAAUAUUGAUAAAUUUGGUUAGACUCCUGAGUUGUCACUUGGCAACUGUGAACGUUGCCGCUGAGAGACAGCUGUUAAUGUUCUCUGCAGAAAACAAGAUCUGAGCCGGCACCAUGCCGUGCACAGCUCGGUAUAUUUCUAGACACCAGGCCUGUCUUCAUUUGGCAAGCCUGGGAAGCUUCUAGAAACUUCUUCCUGGAGAGAGGGGAAAAAAUGAAAUAGCUUGAACUCCAGGAGAAUGUUUUUAUCUGCUUGCGUACCAUUUCCUUCCUCCCUCAGAUAAGCUGGAACCACAGAAGUGGAAGAGGAAUGAUAUGCAAAUUACCUUUGAGUACCUCCACUCUUCAGCCACCCUUUGGGAUCAGAGACAAUGAGAGGUACCCUUUCCUUCUCCACGCCUCCUUCCAGCUAAGGCCACCAACCGGCUGAAACGCGAAGAGGUCAUUAAAAAAUAUAUAUAUAUAUGCAAAUAUUUAAAUUUUAUGUAUUUCAGCAAAUCUGCAGAUAGACAUCAUAAGCUCUGACAGUACAAGGCCCAACAGGAAAAGCAAUUUAUUCAGCAAAUUCUCUCAACCCAUCUUGUUAGGCUCCUACCGUGUGUAUCCCGGAAGUAGGAGAAGCACCCAAACCGGUCACCUUUGAUCUCGGCCCUUCAGUUUCUGACAGGACUGAUUCACCAGCCACUGCCCAGACAUCUGAGGACAGUAUCCACUGAGGGUCAGAAUUCUAAUAUUUUCACAAUAAGGAUUUUUUUUUUUCCUUGUGAAAAACAUACAGGGAAGAAAAAGAACUUCCAAAUAGGUUAAGGCCUAAAAGCUGUAAAAAUAAAUUGGAUAGCCCAAACAGCCCCCAAGGAAUUUUGUUGAGAACACAAAUAGAUUUCCCUAAAAACUCACCACCAAAAUAUGCCUGCUUGGUUGCUCGGCUCUUACAUAACUAAUGUUCUGAGCAAAAUCCCCCAAAUUCUGUUGCAACAGAAAACAUGAAUUACAGUGCCGUGUUGGGAGGAGGUGAGUGAGCGUAUAUGAGUGUGUGUGUGAGUUUAUGUGUGUGUGAGUGUGUGUGUGGGUGCACGAGCAUACCUGCAUUCAUAUGCUUGAAGCUCACAGAUGUCUACCGUCUGGAUAGGACAGUGAUAAGAAUCUUAUAAAACUUUUCAGUCAACCUGAAGACACAGGUCAUACAAGGUUCCCAGAUUCUGUUUAUCAUCGGUCACUGAUCAGGUUAUCUGACAAGCCUCAGGCCUUUUCCUCUUUUUUGGGGGGGUCAUUUUUAAAUGUGUUCAAUGUUUUUAUAAAAGGAGGGGAAGAGAAGAGGGGAGGAAGAGACAGCAGCAGAGGGCUUCUCUUAGGACUAAAGAGGUGACUCGGUGGUUAUGAGCACCGGCUGCUCUUACAACGGACCUGGGUUCAGUUCCCAGCACCCUUGUGGCCACUCAAGUUCUGGCCUCCAAGUUCAGCAGACACACACGUGAUACACAUACAUAUACAUGCAAGUACUCACGCACACACAUUAAAUAAGAACAUAUAAAGUGCCGUAUUCCCGUGGUCCGUUCUCCCCUGAAUAGAGUGCCAAUGUGGAAAUGAAUAUAAAAUAACAACAAGGGAAUAUGCUGAAGGCUAUAAACUGCACGUGCAUACAUAGUUCUAAAGCAAAUUCAGUGGUGUCUGUUUUGAAGAGGCAAAAGGCAACAAAAAAAUUUUCAAAACUCAACUUUCGGUUUAUUUUGCUCCCUCUGUGAGGUGCGAAAAUGCUAAUUUCAUUUUCUCCCUUCCUCUGUGUGGCACUUUCUCCAAAUAGCCACAAAAUACUUUUAGACAAAGAUUGAGCUGGAGGAAGAGAUGUCAAUCUCCAGCCCUCUGGAUGGAGAGCUGCAUCUCCAUGGCAGGAAAAACUGUGCAUCAUCUUUAGAAUUUCCCGGCUAGAAUCUGACCUCUCCAUCCAAAGUAAAAGCCACCUCUGUCCUUAGGUUCCCUGUGAUGGUGUUAGAAGCCUACGCAGAUAUAUAAUUCCCGGUCUCUAGUUAAAAUUUCCUUCCAAUAGCGAUGAACCCUUGGCUAACAGGCCUAGUAGUGCCUCCAAAAGUUAUUCAUGCACAAGGCGACCCAAAGCUUUUUUUUUGGGGGGGGGGGGGGGGCGUGCAAUAGUGGAAAUGUUUUAUGGAUUAGAAAUGGCCUGCCUUAAAAUGCUAGUACCAGGUGGAGUGAUAUUUCUGCAACAAGACUGUCCGUUUCCCUUGGAAAAAUAUAUUCGGAGUAAAAUAGCUCUUCCAAGAAGUGACACCCUGGCUUGGCACCCUUCAGCAUACAAAUGACGUGACAAUAGCCAUACACUGCCAUCGAGGGCCGUCUACAGUAACGUCUGUUUGAAGGAGACGAUCAAAUACAGCCCCUUGAACUGGGUUUAUUUGCUUAAAACAGUUUUUGGAAAUAAAAGUAAUAACUUUUGGUUGGAGCCCCCAGGAGAUGUUUAAAAAAAAUUGAAAAAAAAAAUACAUUGCUUUAAAAAAAAUCUAAAUCUAAGCACUCCCUUGAAGCCUUUCAGGAAAUAUAUUCCAGUAUGCUCUCUGAAUUAUUUUGCACCUGAAACCUACAUCUGACUGUCUGUCCCCAGGCGAAGGCUAAUAUUUAUAGAACGAACAAUCUCUGAUUAUGUCUCAACUAUAGAGCUGGGUCCAGUCGUAUUUUCACUUUCUAAAUGACUUCUGGAACAUUCCGGAGUUAUAAAGGUGUGUGCAGAUAUGGAAGGACAGAAAGUUCCACCGGUCUGCACCGAAGAAACAAUUGAAACAGUGUGGGUCAGUUCCGCCUGGAGAGAAAGCCCGCAGAAGUCAGAGUCGAGACGGCAAGCCUUUGCCUUCCUUCUUCCCGCCGCAAACGUAA